AUGUCGCUUUCAUCAUACUUCAACGCACUGUUCAACGGCCAGAACAUUUUACUGGUCACCAAAACCGUGACGAUCGCUUCGAUGGGUAUCGCGGCCGGGGCCGGAUUGAGCUACAACGCCAUGAUCAUGCCAGCGGUCCAAAAAUUCUCGCCCAUGAACGCCCUCGCAGUCUGGUGUGAGUGCGCCUUCCCUGCUAUGUUGAUCCAAAUCACCGCAAUUGCGACGAGUGUGAUCGGAGGAACGAUUGUGUACUACAAGACCAAGAACCGGUCCUUCCUAUACGGCGCCAUGAUCAUGGCCUCGGUGCUUCCUUAUACGGGAGUGAUGUUCUUCCCGAUCAAUAGCGAAUUGUUUAGGAUGAACAAGUCCGGGAUUGACGACGGCACGGUUUGGGAAAAGAUGCAGCAGUGGAACAGGAACCAGUAUGGACGCGUGUUGUUGAAUGUUGCGGCCAUGGUCGUUACGCUCUUUGGAGGGUUGCAGGGCAAGACGAAGACCGUCUAG